AUUUUAUCCCUUCAUCAUCAUCAUCGUCUUCCCGCACAGACAGAAACAGAGCCACUGUAAGCCACUCAAAAAAUGGCUCUCAACGGAAAUCAAAUUCUCUACAAUACGCCCACAGCCACGUCACCCCCCGCGGGCAUCCCUCUCCGCCGCACGUUCCUAAUACCUUCAUGGCACUGGUCAUCUCCGAAAACCCAUAAUCUCACCAUAGUUUCUGCUACAAGGAUGGGCAAAUUUGAUAGUAAGAAUCGGAAAAACACAAUUCCUACCAAGGAAGAAGAAGAAGAAGAAGCAGCAGCUGCUGUAGAAGGGACGAAAUUCAAAGAUAUUGAUUCGACGGCUGCGAUUGAUGGUGGCGCCGUUGAUGGUGUUGCUCUGCCGGAGCUACCCGGUGAGACGACCGAUUUUUGGGAAGGUCCUCAAUGGGAUGCUUUUGGAUUCUUCAUUCAGUACCUUUGGGCUUUUGGUGUAGUUUUUGCGUUAGUUGCAUGUGGAGUUGCUGUUGUAACAUAUAACCAGGGAGCCACAGAUUUCAAGGAUACCCCGGUGUACAAGGAAGCCGUUCAAUCAAGAGACCUCCUGGAAGAACCAGAUUCAUCUAAUGCAGAUGUCUUUGAGUCUAAUCCCACUGAGCAAGCACCUGAUUUAGAAUAAAUUUUCUCCAUUUCAGUCGAACUAUUUCUCUUUUGCCGUAAACUUGUGGUAAAUUACAAGCCAAGGUACCCAAAUGUUGUAUCUAGGUUUCUGUUUCUUCCAUUUUACUCGCAUUGGUAUAUAAUCUGAUGAGUUAUAUAGUUGAUUGAACUAUGAAGAGCUUUGUCUUGUAUUAUCACCCCCUAUUGAUAGCAUUCUGGAGAAAUAUGAUUGAGAAAGUAGACUACUGGUCCUAAAAACAUAACAUUGUAGACAAAACUGGCCCGUUUUAAUAUCUUCAUUCUCCUUACAUAAAGUGUUGCUUUCAGUGGCUGAACAAGGGUCUGACUGGAUAGCGGCAUCACUUCACGGAGAUAUAGGUUAAAGUGUACCUAUUUGUGAUAUGAAUAGGGGUUUCUUAACUUAUCAGCCUAUCAUGAUCUAUUUUGUUUGUUAAAUGUAAUAAAUGUACCUAAUUUGAAGGGUUGGUUGGUUAGCAAAUACGUCUCUUCUCUAAGGGGAGAGGUGGUAAUAGGAAGCUGUGUUCAGAAGUGCAAUAGUUGCUUUUAUAUCAUGAAACAACAGUACAUAAUCUAAAGUUAAACUGUUGGGGAAUCCGUGAUAGGCAAUUGUUCUGCACUUAACGUAGCUAGACUUAGAAUUAUGAAGAUGAUGAUAAAAUUAGAUUACAGUAAGGCUCCUCUCAGUAACUAGAUCUUUCAAAGCACUAAACUGCUAACUGGAUAAUAUUAAACUAGUGAAUCAUAGAUGUUCUUAAUAAUAAUUCUCAUGUGAACCGACAAGUGCAUGCAUCCCUCAGACUGUAAGAAAAGCCAGUAAACAUAGUAGUAAAGCCAACACCAAGCGAUUCACUGCAUCUAACUUUACUCCAGAACUCUGAGGAUCCCCAACCUUCUUGAACCUAGGUUUCACUUUGACCAUUGGGGAAGCUGAAAUUGGAAUAUGAGAGUUGUUAGUAUGUGGAAUGCAGAGGUCAGAGGUUGUCCAAAGGGAUUCAGUAAUUCAGUUGCAUUGAUUUUCAACUCCCAGAUAUUUAUACCAUCAUUCAGCUUUACUUAAGGCUCUACUUCUUUGAAUAAUCUAUGAUUCUGAUCCAUUGGUAAAAGCAUAAAUGAGUUAUGCUUACCAGCAAUCGUAGCAUUACUUGUUGCCCCUGAUGAAACUUGGGGAGUAGGUGAACUAGGAGGCACUGGUGCCAGCAUCUCUUCUACAAGACAAGAAACGAACAAAUGCUCACAAACCUUGAGAAAGCACCUUGUCAAACAAUCUGGUUAAUCACAGUUAACACUUUGAAAAGCGACAUAAGUAUACCUGAACAAUUAGGCAAGCUGUUCUGAAGGCUACAGAGGUCUUGCAGUUCCCUGGCUAAUGUUUUAUUCACGGUGUAAGAUCCGAGGGAAUUAUCAUUCAACAAGAGGCAGAGGCAGCUCACUUGCUGGCUAUUCAGUUGCCUUGAGUUAUCGCAGCACAUUGUCGUCGGUUCUGGCUCUCUGCCUUGUGCAUAUUGUCCACAAGGCGCCCCCGGGAUCAGGACGGAACUGCAGUCCCCCUUUUGUGACUGCAUAUUUGGUAUGAAGCGAAGAAUGCGAGAAAAAAAUGGCAGCUGCCAGCAUGAAUCUUGAACUUGAAGCUGACAUUCUUUUUUUCCCGUCUUAGUGUUCUUUCUAUCAGAAGUUUAGGUCAAUGAAGAUGACCGUGUUUGCUAGUCAUCCAUGGUGAAUGGCUCUAUAAAAUGAAUAACUUCAUUGCUCAAGUGUGAGCUGCAGCAUGCUUGAUCAUGUCAUUUCUGUCCAAACAUGCAUUUCGUCAGUCAUCUUCUUCGUCAUGCAUAAUACUUCUGAUGCACCUUUUUUCCGGCUCCAAAUAGGUUGCCAUAUUUGAUUUCAGUCUAUGCAAACAUCAG